UAUUUUUGUCUGGAACAAUUGCCGGUUCGAGAUGAGCCAACCAGGGACUGUCUGAAUUUCAUUGUCUCGCUCAGCCUAGACUGUGUGUAUCCGCAAGGUUCCGGCAAGGGCUCGCAGGUUCCGGCAAGGGCUCGCAGGUGCAUUAGUUCUUUCUGCUUUUGUUUGUGAGGAAGGGGGUGGCCGCAGAGCCCAUGACCGGCAGGCUCCGUAGCCUUACAAGCGCAUGCUUGUAAGUGUUUUUGUAAGAGGACAGAGCUGCUUAGUCCCAGACAUGAGGAGAACCAGUCACAUAGGGCAUGGAGCUGGAGAGCUAUGAGCAACCCGUGGUUCUGAGAGAGGACAACCUUCGCCGGCGCCGGAGGAUGAAGCCGCGCAGCGCGGCAGGCAGCCUGUCUUCCAUGGAGCUCAUCCCCAUCGAGUUUGUCCUGCCCACCAGCCAGCGCAUCAGCAAGACGCCGGAAACGGCGUUGCUGCACGUGGCCGGCCAUGGCAACGUGGAGCAGAUGAAAGCUCAGGUGUGGCUGCGCGCGCUGGAAACCAGCGUGGCUGCCGAGUUCUACCACCGCCUGGGCCCGGACCACUUCCUCCUGCUCUACCAGAAGAAGGGACAGUGGUAUGAGAUCUACGACAGGUAUCAGGUGGUGCAGACCCUAGACUGCCUGCACUACUGGAAGAUGAUGCACAAGAGCCCCGGCCAGAUCCACGUGGUACAGCGACACGCCCCUUCCGAGGAGACCCUUGCUUUCCAGAAGCAGCUCACCUCCCUGAUCGGCUACGACGUCACCGACAUCAGCAAUGUUCAUGACGACGAGCUGGAGUUCACUCGCCGCCGUCUGGUCACGCCCCGCAUGGCUGAGGUGGCUGGCCGGGAUGCCAAACUCUAUGCCAUGCACCCUUGGGUGACGUCCAAACCUCUCCCUGACUACCUGUCAAAAAAGAUCGCCAACAACUGCAUCUUCAUCGUCAUCCACCGCGGUACCACCAGUCAAACCGUCAAGGUCUCGGCAGAUGAUACUCCGGGGACCAUUCUCCAGAGCUUCUUCACCAAGAUGGCCAAGAAGAAGUCCCUAAUGAAUAUCCCAGAGAGUCAGGGAGAGCAGGACUUUGUGCUGCGGGUCUGCGGCCGCGAUGAGUACCUGGUGGGCGAAACGCCCCUCAAAAACUUCCAGUGGGUGAGGCAGUGCCUCAAGAACGGAGAUGAGAUCCACCUGGUGCUCGACACGCCUCCGGACCCAGCCCUGGACGAGGUGAGGAAGGAAGAAUGGCCGCUCGUGGACGACUGCACUGGCGUCACCGGCUACCACGAGCAGCUGACCAUCCACGGCAAGGACCACGAGAGCGUGUUCACGGUGUCUCUGUGGGACUGUGACCGGAAGUUCAGGGUCAAGAUCAGAGGCAUCGAUAUCCCUGUCCUGCCUCGGAACACCGACCUCACUGUUUUCGUGGAAGCAAACAUCCAGCAUGGCCAGCAAGUCCUUUGUCAGCGGAGAACCAGCCCGAAGCCCUUCACGGAAGAAGUACUCUGGAAUGUGUGGCUGGAGUUCGGCAUCAAAAUCAAAGACUUGCCCAGAGGGGCCCUGCUGAACCUCCAGAUCUACUGCUGCAAAACUCCAGCCCAGUCCAACAAGGCUUCUGCCGAGUCGCCAGGCUCCGAGUCCAAGGGCAAAGCCCAGCUUCUCUAUUACGUGAACUUGCUGUUAAUAGACCACCGGUUCCUCCUCCGCCACGGGGACUAUGUGCUCCACAUGUGGCAGAUAUCCGGGAAGGCGGAAGAGCAGGGCAGCUUCAACGCCGACAAGCUCACAUCUGCAACCAAUCCUGACAAGGAGAACUCCAUGUCCAUCUCCAUCCUGCUGGACAACUACUGUCACCCGAUAGCCCUGCCUAAGCAUCAGCCCACCCCUGACCCAGAAGGAGAUAGGGUUCGAGCAGAAAUGCCCAAUCAGCUUCGAAAGCAAUUGGAGGCGAUCAUAGCCACGGACCCACUUAACCCCCUCACGGCAGAGGACAAAGAAUUGCUCUGGCAUUUUAGAUAUGAAAGCCUGAAGCAUCCGAAGGCAUACCCUAAGCUGUUCAGCUCGGUGAAAUGGGGACAGCAAGAAAUUGUUGCCAAAACGUACCAGCUGUUAGCCAGAAGGGAGAUCUGGGAUCAAAGUGCUUUGGACGUUGGUUUAACCAUGCAGCUCCUGGACUGCAAUUUUUCAGAUGAAAACGUGAGAGCCAUUGCAGUUCAGAAACUGGAGAGCUUGGAGGAUGAUGACGUCCUACAUUACCUGCUCCAGCUGGUGCAGGCUGUGAAAUUCGAACCAUACCAUGACAGUGCGCUGGCCAGGUUCCUACUGAAGCGUGCCUUAAGAAACAAAAGGAUUGGCCACUUCUUGUUCUGGUUCUUGCGGAGUGAGAUAGCCCAGUCCCGACACUAUCAGCAGAGGUUCGCGGUGAUCUUGGAGGCAUACCUGAGGGGCUGCGGCACAGCCAUGCUGCAGGACUUCACGCAGCAGGUCCAAGUGAUCGAGAUGUUCCAAAAAGUCACCCUGGAUAUCAAGUCGCUCUCUGCAGAGAAGUAUGACGUCAGUUCCCAAGUCAUUUCACAGCUUAAGCAAAAGCUUGAAAACCUGCAGAAUUCGUAUCUCCCCAAGAGCUUUAGAGUUCCCUAUGAUCCUGGACUGAAAGCAGGUACCCUGGUGAUCGAAAAGUGUAAAGUGAUGGCCUCCAAGAAGAAGCCGCUGUGGCUUGAGUUCAAGUGUGCCGACCCCACAGUCCUAUCUAAUGAGACCAUUGGGAUCAUCUUUAAACACGGCGACGAUCUGCGCCAAGACAUGCUGAUCUUACAGAUCCUACGCAUCAUGGAGUCCAUUUGGGAGACAGAAUCUCUGGACCUGUGCCUCCUGCCAUAUGGGUGCAUCUCAACUGGUGACAAAAUAGGAAUGAUCGAGAUUGUGAAGGACGCCACAACAAUCGCUCAGAUUCAGCAAAGCACAGUGGGUAACACCGGGGCGUUCAAGGAUGAAGUCCUGAAUCACUGGCUCAAGGAAAAAUGCCCUAUUGAAGAAAAAUUUCAGGCGGCAGUGGAGAGGUUUGUCUACUCCUGUGCAGGCUACUGUGUGGCCACGUUCGUUCUUGGGAUAGGUGACAGGCACAACGACAACAUUAUGAUCUCAGAGACAGGAAAUCUAUUUCAUAUAGACUUUGGACACAUUCUUGGGAAUUACAAGAGCUUCCUGGGCAUUAAUAAAGAGAGAGUGCCAUUUGUCCUAACCCCGGACUUCUUGUUUGUGAUGGGAACGUCUGGAAAAAAGUCAAGCCCACACUUCCAGAAAUUUCAGGAUGUCUGUGUCAAGGCUUACCUAGCUCUGCGCCACCACACAAACCUUCUGAUCAUCCUGUUCUCCAUGAUGCUGAUGACAGGGAUGCCCCAGCUGACCAGCAAAGAAGACAUUGAGUAUAUCCGGGAUGCCCUCACAGUGGGGAAGAACGAGGAGGAUGCUAAGAAAUAUUUCCUUGAUCAGAUUGAAGUCUGCAGGGACAAAGGAUGGACCGUGCAGUUUAACUGGUUCCUACAUCUUGUUCUUGGCAUCAAACAAGGAGAGAAACACUCCGCUUAAUAUUUGGUGCUAGGGCCAAAAGCAAUUUUGUGUUCUAAAGCUUUUAAAUCAGCAUGUCAGUCAUCAGUCUUAGUAUUAAAAUGCAAUAGGACUCUCCGAACGCUGCACUUCAGAAAUACAGCUCUUUUCCCCAGCUGAACUCUUCACUGGAGGAAAAAAAAAAAAAAAAAACUUGGCAUUACUGAUGGUUCAGUUAAUAUUCAGCAUGAGGCUUCCCCCCGUCUCACCCCAAGCUCCAUGAUGCUGGAGAAUAGUCUAAGUUUAAGUGGCUUAGAAUAUUCUUGCUUACUAUGCCUGAUGAUCUUGUAUUGAGUAUCUCUGAAGGUUCCUUAGUAGAAUAACUGCUGAUACCUGUUGUCAGAUGUGUUCUCCAUGCAUUCUGGCUCUCCUUUUGUUCUUUAAGCUCUUGGCAGAAAAGGGUGCAAGUAUUGCCAUGCCCUGAUGCAUUCUUUAAAGGAUGUUUCUGAGUGUCCCCCCUGUGCCCACAGAUGUUGGUGCAGGUUAGCUGUUGGAGCGCCUUCAGCUAGUCUCACACAGUGUGCAGCGAAGACACAGAUGCCGAACACAAACCUGGAGCCUGAGCCUCGACCCUCCGCUGCUGCUGUGGCUCCAGGGUUAUGGGUAUGAAAAAGUAAGACCUUUGCCAAGGGUGAAAAACCUAGCACUACCAGCAUCAUCUUCUCCAGCACACACGGGAGGUCACUAACCAGACCCUCUGAUGCCCGCAGAUGCCAUCUUUCCCCUUUGCCCUGCCUCCCUUCUUCCUGCCCCAUCACCUCCCACAGUUCUUCCUGGACUUCUGGAAUCCUCGUAGACAGCUCAAAAUGACUUGAAAAAGAACAUCUACUCUAGGCUCAGGAGAAUUAUAGGUACUUAUUUGUGGAGCUGCUCCAUAGAUUUUUUAAAGUAUAUUAUUAAAAUAUGGAUUCCAAAAAUAUUAGUUUCUAAAUACUUUAAUUUUACAUUUUGAAUCUGAACAGGUUUUUUUCUUUAUUUUAAUAAAGACACCUGCUAUCAAAUGUAUUCUCAGCUUAUAUACUCAUUUUUUUUUUUUUUAGUUUAAAGGACUUUUAAAUUUUGAAGCAUUCCAGAGUUCCUGAAGAUGGUUCAAUUGAACCAUCUUUCUUUAAAGUAUUUUCUCAUUUCUUAAAUAGUAUGCUGUUUGUUAUCAAUGUUGGUCUACCUUCGUGAGAAGUCAGUAAAUUAUUUAAUAAAAUGCCUACCAUUAAUUCCAUAGAAAGAACUAUGUCAGUAAUACCCAUAUUUAAAUAUAAUCAGAGGUAACUUUUUCUGAUUCUUAAAUUUUCAAAACAGACAUUUUAAUUAGAUGGAGCUCAGCCUGCCUUUUAUGUGUGCAGAAGCCAGGUAGCACCUCAUUCUUGCUGCAGAUAAGAAUCAUCAGGGACACUUUCAAAGUGACCUUGCCUUUUUAAAUUACCUCACUUUCAGAUUAUAGUUUCAUCAGUGGGCACAGUUUUCUAAGGACUCUAAUGGAGUUCUAAUAUACAUGCAGCAGACGGAGCCUUACAUGGCCUUGAAGGCAUAAGUAACCAUGCCUCCUUGCCCACUGGGCCCUCCCUGGCUCAGAGCUAUCUACAAAAACCCUCCUCAUCCCUAACAACCAGCUGUUUUAAAGUCAUGCUGUCUCCUGUUACAGAGGGCCAUGCCCUGUGCUGAAACUGUGUUUCUCUCUAUGACUGGAAGUUAGAUAUUUCAUGGGUCUUCUGGGCCGUGUUUCCCACUAAUCUAAGCAAAAUAAAAGUGGUGCGUUCUAAUUCUAAAUAGGAAGUAUUCCUAUGCUUCCAAAGAACCACACACAGACUUUGUGUUUCAUUUGAAUUGCUGAAAUGGUGAUCUUUUGAUGAUAAAACAAUUACAGAGAAUAUCUAUAUUUAGCUUUUGACACCACAUGUAUACAUGUUAGUUCUUUAUAAAGGAGCUGAAAUAUAUAGCCACAUAGACUGGGUUUCAUUCUUCCAUUUUCCAAAGAAUGCAAUUUCAACUCCUUAAAAUUUUAUGUUAGCAAAAAUCACCUUCACAUGCUUGCUGCCUUCCCAUAGUUCCAGUGAAUGAUAUAUCUCAGUGAUUUCUACCUUGGAAAGUAUUUUAGCCUGCCCCUGUGUAAACACCAAUAUCUCUACCUUCAGUGCUAAGUGAAGUAAACACAGGUCACAGGUCAGAUGAGUCAGGUCAAAGCAACCUAUGUGUGUAUCUAAGACUAGUCAAAAAAUGACACAAAGUUGCUGUUGUAGACUUGGUUUACCAUGACUGCACUUCGCUGGCUUUGGUGAUGGUCUGAAAAACUCAGAAAGACUUUAUGGAUAAAAUAUAUCCACUAGGAAAAAACUCUUGAUUUGCAAAUAAAUUAAGUAUAAUAAGUGUAUCUUUUUCAGGAGAUGGGUUGUUUCAUUUUUGCUAGUUCUUUGAGAAUUGUGUACAAUGAAUUUUGACCAUAUGCACCGACUCCCUCGACUUCUCCCAGAGUCACACCCCACUUUCUUACCCACCCAACUGUGUCCUCUUUUUUUUUUUUCUUUUCUUUUUUCCAUCCAUCAGUGGCAACACCCUUAAAGAAAACUUCUUCUCCCAGCCACUAUCCAUUGCCAACAGUUCUUGGCUAGAGGCAGACUGCAUAUCCACCUCUCCUCUCCAUGCUGGGAUUUGAUGUCGUUGGGGCUUUCACGGGCUUUGAUCGUAACUGCUGAGUUCAUAGCGCUGCUACCCUGAGUCCAGGAGAUGCUGAACCUCUGUCUCUUACAGUCCCUCGCAUCCCUCUUCCGGUGUUUGCCGAGGCUCAGGAGGGGAGGGUGCAGUGCAGAUAUUUGGGUGGGGCUGAGCGUUCUACUCUCUGGCCCACAGCCGGUUGUGGGUUUCGGUGGUGGUUGUCCUCUCCUGUAGGUAGACACGUCUCUCAUGUGGGUGGAGGGAUAUGCUAAUCUAGGGGUAUAACAGUAAGUCGUUCAGAGUCGGGUGUGGGAAUUCUGGAGCAUGAUUUGGAAUUCCUUAGUCCUGCAGUGAUGAUGGCUGAUUACGCUUUUAAAUACGAAAUUAGGAAACACAUUUCUGAAAUUACUAGCAGUUAUGUUGGCAAUACAAAGAAAAUAAGCUGGGGUUUCUUUAAAGAUUCUGAUGGCUUAUUUCUAAAUUUAUCCAACCUAAUAAUUCUGGUGAACCCAUUCGAUUCUAGCGCUAGUGCUUGCUCACAUGUUUUCGAAGGCUCAUUUCAGGACAGGUGCCAGGGAACUCUAAAGCCCAUGUGUGGCUUGCCCUCGCUGAAAGCUAAGAUGGUAUCCUGUAUUUUAAACACAAAUGUUAAUUUAAAUAAAAUAAGAGUUUGA